AUGACUCGCAACACCAGACUCAAGCGCAAACCUCUUCCCUCCUCCCCUCGCAAGCCUUCAUCUCCUGUCUCCGAGUCCCUCCCCUCUUCCUCGCCUCCCAAAUCUCGAUCUGCCAACAAAAUCCGCAGCUCCUCCAAGAACUGCCCCGUCUGCAAAGCCAUUCUCGUCAACCGCAACGGCAGCCUCGCGCGUCACGUUGAACGCCACGCAAAGCUUGCCAAAAUCGAGGUCCGAACCCUUCUCCUCUUCUCUUCUCUUCUCUUCUCUUCUCUCCUCCCUGUUCUAACUUUUCGCCAGGCUUUGAAUAUCGACCUCAACCUUCCCCCAAUGGAAACCCCCAACUUUGACGUCGAGCUCGCUCAGAAUAUGUGGCAGUCUGUUCCUGCGAGACGUCGCGCCACCGGCGGAGUCUUUCUUGACGGCCCUCUCGCUGGAAAAGGCUUCUUUGAAGGGAUGCCGAAUGUUUUUCUCCCGAAUGGACGGGUCAAGCCGAAGCUGGCGUGGAUCAAGAAGGAUCUUGAGUCGAGGGUUGGACGUGGUCCGUUGAGGGCUCUCAAGAACGCCAACGCCAACGCUGGAUCUCCCCUGGACAGUGAGGAUUACAUGGGGAUCUAG